AUGGGAUAUGGUGCAGAUUUUCAUGUUCAAACAGCUGCUGGACGAUUAUUAACAGUUGGUUUGCAUAUGUUAAGUUUAGUAUUAAUAGCAACGUAUACAGUAAAUUUAGCAUCUGAUUUAACAACAUUAAAAUCUGAAGAUUUUAUUUCAGGAAUUGAUGAUAUCAAAAAUGGCAAAAUAUCUUUUAAUUGUAUUGGUAUUAUUACUGAAUCAUCGUUAGACGAUUUUUAUUUACGUGAAAUUUCUCAUGGUAGUAGAAAUUUUUAUCCAUUGAAAUCACCAAAUGAAUUAUAUCUUAGCUUAUUAGAUAAUGAUAUUGAUGUAGCCAUUUCGGAUACUGAUCUUUUAGAAUAUAUGACGAACAAAGUCUAUUGUAAUUUAACACUUGUUGGAGGAGAUUUUAGUCGUAGUGAAUAUGGUAUUGCUAUGCCUAAACAAUGGAUAUAUAAAAAUAUUUAG